AUGCUCAUCGCAUAUACCCAGAAUGGGCAUCUGCGAGAUGCUGAGCAGCUGUUUGAGAGAAUGCCUUCCAGGAAUCUUGUGGCGUGGACGGCCAUGUUGGUGGCGUAUGCCUCCUUUGGAUAUCUCGAAGAAGCGGAGCGCAUGUUUCACCAGAUGCCCAGCAAAGACACGCCUGCUUGGAAUUCUAUGCUUUCAGCAUAUGCCAAGAACGGGCAUCUUGAAAAUGCACGUCAGGUGUUUGAUCUUAUGCCCCACCGCAGUAUAUUGUCAUGGAACUCGAUUCUUUCAGCAUAUGCCCAAGGUGGGCAUCUUGAAUCAGCCAAAAGUGUUUUUGACAGGAUCCCAGAACCCGACAUGAUAUCCUACAAUGCUAUUCUCUCGGCAUAUGUGAAUGGAGGAAUCUUGCGGGAUGCCAGGAAGAUCUUUGAGGGCAUGGCGCUGAGGGACAUGGUCUCGUGGGCGACACUGCUCUGUGGUUAUGCCCAAGCCGGGCAUAUCUCUCAAGCGCAUGAAAUCUUUUUUGAAAAUAUGCCAGAGUGGGAUUUAAUUUCUUGCAGCUCAGUUUUGGUGAUGUAUUCCGGAGCCGGAAACAUCAACGAUGCUAAAACAUUGUUUGACAACCUCCCACAAACAGAUCUAGUAGCCUGGAACUCUCUUCUUACGGCAUAUACCCAAACCGGGCAUCUCGAAAAAGCUAGGCAAAUAUAUCUUAGAAUGCCAGAGCACGACUUGGUAUCCUGGACGCUUAUGCUGACUGUCUAUCUAGAAGCAGGAAAACUUAUGGAAGCAGAAGAUAUACUCGUAAAGAUGCCACACAGAGACCUCGUAAGCUGGAACGCAAUGCUGACUGGAUAUGCCCAAUCCGGGCACCUUGAGAAAGCAAAAUGCCUGUUUGACAGCAUGCCUCUCAGGGAUGUCAUGACAUGGACGGGGAUGAUGUCAGCAUACGCUCAACACGAGUGUUUGAGCGAAGCAAAGCACCUGUUUGAUGACAUGCCACAACGAAACCAGGUGACGUGGACGGCGCUGCUCGUGGCAUAUGCCCAGAACGGGCACGUCAGCACUGCCAGCGAGCUGUUUCGGGCAAUUCCGGAGCUGGAUUUGGUGCUGUGGACUGCCAUGCUGGCAGCACACGCCCACAACGGCCGCUACGCAGAGGCAUUUGAAGUGUUUGAGAGAAUGAAGCCCAUCUUUCCUCCGGAGGAGCUGUGCUUCAACUCUAUACUCGUUGCUUGCAGCCAUGCCGGGAGAGUGUAUGCUGGGAGGCAGUACUUCCGAUCCAUGGCUGUGGAUUUUGGGCUGCGGCCGACAAGGCAGCAUUACUGUUGCAUGGUCGAUCUGCUGGGACGAGCCGGGCAUCUGGACGACACGGAGGACCUCAUCAAGCAUAUGCCGUUCGAGCCGGAUGUGUUCGACUGGACGUGCCUGCUCGCAGCUUGUUUGGGUCACAAGGAGAAGAAGACCAUCGCAAACGCAGCGGCCAAAGAGGUGCUUCGUUCGAAUCCUCGCUGCCGAGCGGCCUACGUGUUGCUCAAUAAUGUGGGUGGCCACAUGACAAUGAAACAUCAGAAUACGCCAUCUUGA